CUUGCCUGUCUUCAAAACUUGAGAGCCCUGCGACUACCUUACUCUUUCAGACAUAUUUGCCACGUACUCUAGGAUCAUAUCGAUAAAAAUAAAGGAAAGUCUUCGGGACAGACAACUAUGUGCUUUGUGUAUUCAUCAUAAUACUGUAUGUCAACCUGCACUUAUGUGUCAUAUUAACCUCAAGUGAUAGAAACUAUACAGGCUGGUAAGGGAACAUCAGCUUACAGCUGCACUAAUAGCUUAUGGCAGAUCCCAGGACCUUUGCAGAUGUGAGGAAUACAGUUCUUUCAGCUCAUAAAAGCUCAGGGCCCAAGGAAAAGGUUGCGUUCUACAGCUCCUGGGCCGAGAGCUAUGAAGAAGAUUUGGCAAUAUUGGACUACCGUGCUCCUUUCUUAGCUGCAAAAUUCAUUGCUUCACACUUCACCGGCGAGAAAGAGAGAGCCAUUAUUUUGGACGUGGCAUGUGGGACAGGGCUGGUCUCUGGAAAUUUAAAGAAAAACGGAUUUUGCCACUUUGUGGGCUUGGAUGGAAGCGAGAAAAUGUUGAGUAUGGCCAGAAAAACAGGCCUUUAUCAGGAGCUUAAGCAGUGCAUGCUGUGUGAGGAUCCCUUUCCUGUUCAAGAUGUGUUGUAUGAUGUUGUAGUAAUUGUGGGAGCUCUGAGUAUUGGAAACGUGCCAGUGGAAAUCAUCAAGGAGCUUUGGCAAGCCACCAAGCCGGGUGGCUAUGUGUGCAUGACUACAAGAGGGAAUGCUGAUAAUCACAAGUACAAAACUGAGCUGGAACGUGCGAUUCUUGCAAUGGAGGAAGAAAAGAAAUGGAGAUGUGUCGCUGUUGAUGUAGUGGACAAGUGGGAGAAGGCCGUGGCUGACCAUGAGUGUGGAUACAUACCUGGAGUUGUUUAUCUAUAUCAAAAAGUGUUUUAAAUUCAGAAUUGAUUGUGCUAAAACAGUGCUAGGAGCUGAAAGAAACGCAUAUUAUAUGUGUGGAUGGUCUUUAAACAAUAGCCUCACUCACUCACUCACUCACUCACUCACUCACUCAUUUUCUACCGCUUUAUCCGAACUUCUCGGGUCACGGGGAGCCUGUGCCUAUCUCAGGCGUCAUCGGGCAUCAAGGCAGGAUACACCCUGGACGGAGUGCCAAUCCAUCGCAGGGCACACACACACACUCAUUCACUCACGCAAUCACACACUACGGACAAUUUUCCAGAGAUAACAAUAGCCUACUAGUGAUUUUAUGUAUACAAAUUUGGCAGGUGAAUGGGACAAAACCAAUGACUAAUGUAAAAAAUUAAAGGAACUUUUUUUUUUAAAUCCAAUUUUAUUUUGAACAAUGUCUCCUCAGUAAAGUCUUGCUGUUAAAUAAUGUAUCCCCACUAACCAAGCACUACAUUGAUAAUCAAAAUAACUUUUUGCAAUAAUAUAUGAAUGGGAUGAACGGCAGUGUAGUUUUGCUGGGAUUAAGUUUCAGCUGAUGAGAUGCAAUCCCAUGAUGCCAGGCAUGCUGAGAUCCGAGCAGAGUGUCUGAGAGAGGAAAGGAAAUAAUUAGCAAAAUCAAAAAGACCUGAUUCAUGAUGUUAUUCAUUCUACCAACAUCUAUUUAUUAGUCUUCAUAUUAAUCUGAUCAUAGAAGAUGGAUUUAGUUUUAUCAUCUAUCACUUGAUGGCAGACUUACUACACAAUUAAUUGCUGUUUCUUCAAGAGCUUCUUUUUUUUUGCUCCUUAUUACAGCUCACUACUGAAAAACAAUCCCAUAUUAUACCUGUACUAUGUAUUUCUAUUUAGAUAUAAAGUUGGAAUUGAUCAAUUAUAUGAAUAUAAACGUUUGAUACUUUAAGAAAGCUUUUCUCGCUUCAUUCGCCUGGCUUGCUACUUUGGGGUACAUAUAAACUGUCACACUUGUAUUCUGAAGUUAUAUAAUUCUAUAAAACUGCUUUGUGACAAUGUUUACUCAUAAAAGCAGUAUACAAAUAAAAUCAAAUUGAUUUGAA